AAGUUUUGAGAACCAAUGUCCUUAGUUGCAGAUUUUCCAGGUUACUUCCAAGUUUUUUCUGAUGGUUCGGUAAAACGUUAUGAACGUGAAACCGCCCCUGCCUCCAUUGAUUCAUCAUCCAAUGGAUAUAAGUCCAAGGAUGUAAUCAUUAACUCAACCAAGCCAAUAUCUGCACGAAUAUUUCUGCCUGAUGUUCCGGGCUCCUCUGGCCGGCUUCCAGUUCUAGUUUACUUCCAUGGUGGCGGUUUCUGUUUAGGCUCAACGACAUGGCUUGGGUACCAUACUUUCCUUGGAGACUUUGCGGUGGCUUCCCAAUCAAUAGUUCUUUCUGUGGACUACCGACAUGCACCUGAAAACAGGCUCCCUAUAGCUUAUGAUGAUUGUUAUAGUUCACUUGAGUGGCUAAGUUGCCAGGUGAGCUCCGAACCAUGGCUUGAGAGAGCUGACCUCUCUCGAGUGUUUCUCUCAGGGGACAGUGCUGGAGGAAACAUCGUUCACAAUGUUGCUCUCAGAACAAUUCAGGAACAAUCUUGUGAUCAAGUCAAGAUUGAAGGGUUGUUGCUAAUACAUCCUUUUUUUGGGAGCGAGGAGAGGAUUGAGAAGGAGAGGGCCAGUGGAGAAGCUGAGAAUUUGGCAUUAACCGACUGGAUGUGGAAACUAAGCUUGCCAGAAGGAUCAAACCGAGACCAUUAUUGGUGUAACUAUGAGAUGGCAGAAUUGUCCAGGGCUGAAUGGUGUCGGUUUCCACCAGCUGUGGUUUAUGUGGCUGGUUUGGAUUUCUUAAAAGAAAGGGGAGUUAUGUAUGCAGCCUUUCUGGAGAAGAACGGGGUGGAGGUGAAGCUGGUGGAAGCCGAAGGAGAGACGCAUGUGUAUCAUAUGCUCCAUCCUGAAUCUGAGGCGACUCGUUUGCUUCAGAAGCAAAUGAGUGAGUUCAUUCAUAACUUUUAGAUGGUCAUCACAAGCCUCUUGCGAUCAAUAAAACACGUAUGCUGUCAGCAUGACGAGUAUGCAUAAAGUUGUACUUCUAUCUAAAAUAUAGCAAGCAAAAUGCAUUUCUAAUAAUGAAAUUAUAGCGAUCCUAAAAUCUAAGUUGUAAGGUGACUCCCCACUGCAUCUCGGGUGCUCUGGCCAGAAUCAUCGCCAAAUUUUCAUCAUCCGCUUUCCAAAAUUGUCAUAUCCUGCUCAUUUGGGAUGUACAUCACCAUUAAUCUUCUACUGCUUAACGGGUAACGGCACUUCAAAUUAUUUAGCUGGUGGAAGCUGAAGGAGAGCAGCAUGUGUAUCAUAUGUUCCAUCCUAAAUCUGAGGCCACUCGCUUGCUGCAAAAGCAAACGAGUGAGUUCAUACACAGCUUUUAGCCUCUCACAUGGCCAUCCACGAUUCAUCGGCUUCUCUUCUAGUUAGCUAUGAGACAUGUAUCCUGUCAGCAUAGAUUUGGGAUUUGCAGCAAAUACCAAGUUGUAUUUCUGUUCAAAAUUUCUCAGUGGAACUCAUUUUCAAGUAA